GGAGCUGACCGCGGGGGUCAAAGCCGCAGGAAGACAAGAGAGUUAUCUUGCUCUUUGAAGGCCUAAGUUCCUGGGUCCCCAGCACGCAUGGGCAGGAAGUUAGACGGGAGACAGCGAAAGCCAACAAUCUUUUGGGCAAGGAGGGGUGGUUUGAGAACUCCGACGGAGUGUUGGGUGGCGGCAAUAAGAAGGUCUCCGGCCGCCAGGACAGGGGCGCAGGGUGAGAGGGAGCGAGGCCGAGCGUAAGCAUCGGCCGCCGCCGCCGCCGCCAUGUGGCCCCCAGACCCGGAGCCCGACCCGGACCCCGAGCCCGCCGGCCGGCCCCAGCCCAGCGCGGCCCUUCCCGGGCUCCGUGCCCUCCUGCCGGCGCGCGCCUUCCUCUGCUCGCUCAAAGGCCGCCUCCUGCUGGCGGAGACGGGUCUCUCGUUCAUCAUCUUCGUCUGCUAUGUGGCGUCCUCAGCAUCUGCCUUCCUCACGGCGCCCCUGCUGGAGUUCCUGCUGGCCCUCUGCUUCCUCUUUGCUGAUGCCAUGCAGCUGAAUGACAAGUGGCAGGGCCUGUGCUGGCCCAUGAUGGACUUCCUCCGCUGUGUGACAGCGGCCCUCAUCUACUUCGCCAUCUCCAUCACUGCCGUGGCCAAGUACCCAGAUGGGGCUUCCAAAGCAGCCGGGGUGUUUGGCUUCUUUGCCACCAUCGUGUUUGCCAUUGACUUCUACCUGAUCUUUAACGAUGUAGCCAAAUUCCUCAAACAAGAGGACUCCGCACAGGAGACCACAGCUGACAAGGCAGAAGAAGAGAAUUCCGACUCUGACUCCGACUGAAGACCUGCCCUGCCCUGGCACCUGAGCCACGCAGGCCUCCGCUCCCGCACUUUUUGACCAGGCCGGCCAGAGUGUGGCCAGGGAAGCCUGUGGGGAGGGAGGCUGUGAUUUCUCUAGCAGCAGUGGGAGCUGCUGAUGGAGCAGGCCUCCUUACAGCCCCAAGCAAUAUUCCUGAGCCCCCUUAUACACAAUGGCAACCCUUGGCUUAGCACUGUCCAGCCUCUCUGCUGUGAGGGCAUUGUGAAUAUUCCGCCCCUUCUCAUUUCUGCCCCAGGACCUUAAGCCCCUUAACCUCUCUGCCAAAAAUAAGCACGGGGGACAGAGCAGAUGGAGCCUUGUUACCCCAUCACAGGGGGCCCUUCAUGCCGUGGUGAGUGUCGGGGAGAGAAGCAAGAUAAAGACUUCCACAGGGCCAAGCCCUGGGCCCUGGUGGUUUCCUUCUGUGGCUGGGGCCCCUGCUCAUGCCGGGCACUUUGUCAAUAAUGAUCCUUCCAAAAAUUCUUUUGUUCAAGGAGCACCAGUUCCCUCUUGAUUCUUGAAGCAGGGAGAAAACUAGCCUUUACCCUGUGACCUAGGAGAGAGUAGGUCCCAUUGCCCACCUCACACUUUUGGAGACCAGGACCAUGACUUCAGGUGACCUGCCUAUUCUGGGUGUAUGACUGUUUCAAAGCAAAGCUCGUAGACUAGCUUACCAGGUCCAAAAGAUGAGGGCUCCAAGUAACAAGUGGCAGCGACAGCGCGCGGGGCAGCUGGGCAGGCCCAGCCCAACUCUCUCUUUCCUGGGGCCGUCAGCAGGUGAGCGGCUCCCAGGCCCUCAGGACAAUGUACUUCUGGACACCUGACCCACAUGAGGGGUGAGACGUGCCUUCUGUGUUCACCUAAGGACCUUAUGCUGUGCAUAUAUCUUCAAUAGGAUUUUGUUACUUUAUGUAUUUUUUUUUUUAACACAAAAGCCGCUUCUUCAGUGGCAUUUCCUGUGACCCAAGAGACCUUGUGAAUGAGCCAGAGUUCUGGACCCAUGAUUUGGGCAUUUGUAGUCUUUUCUUCUUCUCUUGCAUGUGAAUCUCCUAUCCUGAAAAAAGCCAUCAUGGAUUAAACCAGACUGACUUCCUG